AUGAAAGGUUAUGGGACAGGGGUUCAAGGCGCUCCCCUCUGGAAGUGCCUUUGCUUUCUGCUUUCCGUGCUGUUUCUGGACAAAGCUGAAGCCUGUCCGGCGCUGUGUACCUGCAGCGGCACCACGGUGGACUGUCACGGCCUCGGACUGAAGACCAUGCCGAGGAAUAUCCCUCGCAACACUGAACGCCUGGAGCUGAAUGGGAAUAACCUCACUCGCAUCACCAAGACUGACUUCUCUGGACUAAAGUAUCUCAGAGUACUACAGCUGAUGGAGAAUCAGAUUACUGUGGUUGAACGAGGGGCUUUUGAUGAUAUGAAAGAACUGGAAAGACUGCGGCUGAACCGUAAUCAACUGCAGCAGCUCCCAGAGUUACUGUUUCAGAAGAACCCUACUCUGUCUCGUCUAGAUCUGAGUGAAAACUUGAUCCAGUCGAUCCCUAGAAAAGCCUUCAGAGGAGCCACAGACAUCAAAAACCUUCAGCUGGAUAAAAAUCACAUUGCUUGUAUUGAAGAUGGAGCAUUUCGGGCUCUGAGAGGUUUGGAAGUGCUAACUCUGAACAACAACAACAUCAGCAGCAUCCCCGUCUCCAGCUUUAACCACAUGCCCAAACUCAGAACCUUCCGUCUCCACUCCAACAAUCUCAACUGUGACUGUCAUCUGGCCUGGUUGGCCCAGUGGCUCCGACAGAGACCCACCAUUGGACUGUUCACCCAGUGCACUGGACCUUCAGAGCUCAGAGGCCUGAACGUCGCUGAAGUGCAGAAGCAUGAGUUUGCAUGCUCAGGUCACCAGGUGUCUUUAAGCCCCCAGCCUUGUAGCACUGGGGGUGGAUCCUGCCCAGCAAUGUGCACAUGCAGCAACAACAUAGUGGAUUGUAGAGGGAAAGGUUUAACAGCCAUUCCUGCCAACCUACCGGAGACUAUGGCCGAAAUACGUCUGGAGCAGAAUGGGAUCAAGUCCAUUCCACCCGGAGCUUUUUCUCCAUACAAGAAGCUGCGUAGGAUAGACCUGAGCAACAACCAGAUUUCAGAGAUUGCUCCUGAUGCCUUCCAGGGCCUGCGAUCGCUCAAUUCUCUUGUUUUAUAUGGAAAUAAAAUCACGGACCUGCCCAAGGGGGUGUUUGACGGCCUGUAUGCCCUGCAGCUGCUAUUGCUGAAUGCCAAUAAGAUUCACUGUGUACGCUCCAACACCUUCCAGGAUCUGCAGAAUCUCUCACUGCUGUCGUUGUACGACAACAAGAUUCAAAGCCUUGCCAAGGGCACCUUCACUUCACUACGAGCGAUUCAAACACUCCACCUGGCCCAAAACCCCUUUAUUUGUGACUGUAACCUGAAGUGGCUUGCUGACUACCUUCGCACAAACCCAAUUGAGACAAGUGGAGCCCGCUGUGCCAGCCCACGCCGCCUGGCUAACAAGCGCAUUGGACAAAUUAAGAGCAAAAAGUUCCGCUGCUCAGCCAAAGAGCAGUACACAAUUCCUGGAGCUGAGGACACCCGUCUGAACAACGCCUGUAACAGCGAUCCAGUUUGCCCAGCCAAGUGUCGCUGUGAGUCCAAUGUAGUCGACUGUUCCAACCUGAAGCUCACCAAGAUCCCGGAGCACAUCCCCACAUCCACUGCUGAACUUCGACUCAACAAUAAUGAGAUCACUCUCUUGGAAGCAACUGGAGUAUUCAAAAACCUUUCCCAGCUGAAGAAAAUAAACCUCAGCAAUAACAAAAUUACAGAGGUUGAAGAUGGUGCUUUUGAAGGAGCAUCCUCUGUCAAUGAGCUGCAUCUAACGGCCAAUCAGAUAGACUCUGUUCGUAGUGGGAUGUUCCAAGGUCUCGAGGGUCUGCGUAUGCUAAUGCUGAGGAACAAUAAGAUCAGCUGUGUGCACAAUGACAGCUUCACUGGAUUGCACAAUGUCCGUCUGCUGUCUCUGUACGACAACCAGCUCACCACCAUCACUCCUGGGGCCUUUGACACACUGCAGACAUUGUCCACACUUAACCUUUUGGCUAACUCAUUCAACUGCGACUGCCGCCUAGCCUGGCUCGGAGAUUGGCUCAGAAGCAGGAAAAUAGUGACUGGCAACCCUCGUUGCCAGCGUCCAGCCUUCCUUAAAGAGAUCCCACUGCAGGAUGUAGCACUGCCAGAUUUCCGUUGUGAAGAGGGCCAAGAGGAGUUGAGCUGUGUGCCUCGACCACAGUGUCCCAGCGAGUGCAGUUGUGUGGAGACAGUUGUUCGCUGCAGUAACAAGCACCUCCAGACUCUUCCCAAAGGCAUUCCCAGAAAUGUGACAGAACUCUAUUUGGAUGGAAACCAAUUUAGUAUUGUGCCAAAGGAUCUGUCUACAUUUAAGUUUCUUCAGCUGGUGGACUUGAGCAACAACAAGAUCAACUCUCUGACCAACUCGUCCUUUGCCAACAUGAGCCAGCUCACCACACUAAUUCUGAGUUACAAUUCCCUCCGCUGUAUCCCAAGAAUGGCUUUCAGUGGGCUGCACUCCCUUCGGCUGCUGUCUCUUCAUGGCAAUGACAUCUCUGAACUACCAGAGGGAAUCUUCAAUGAUGUGGGCUCUCUUUCCCACUUGGCAAUUGGUGCCAACCCACUUUAUUGUGACUGCCGGCUGCGAUGGCUGUCUGACUGGGUAAAGACUGGUUACAAAGAGCCUGGUAUUGCUCGCUGUGCUGGUCCAACGGGCAUGGACGGAAAACUGCUGCUGACAACACCUGCUAAAAAGUUUGAAUGCAACGAUGACGUGGACACCGCUGUACUGGCCAAGUGCAACCCAUGUCUUUCCAAUCCAUGUUUGAAUCAUGGCGUUUGCCACAUAAACGUCGCAGAAAUCUACAGCUGCAGCUGUCCUCCAGGAUUUAAGGGUAAAAACUGUGAAACUGCUCUGAAUGCCUGUGUUAGUAACCCCUGUGCCAAUGGAGGAACCUGUAAAGUCAACGAGGAUGAAGAAGGAAAAUACAGCUGUAUGUGUCCACUGGGCUUUGAGGGCCCACGGUGCCAAACCAACACUGAUGACUGUGAUGACCAUGACUGUGAAAACGGAGCAACAUGCAUUGAUGGAGUCAACAACUAUACUUGCCUUUGCGCCCCCUACUACACAGGGGAGAUGUGUGAAGAAAUGGAGGAUGUGUGUGCCCCAGGACGAAGCCCCUGUCAGCACCAGUCUACCUGCCUCAUCACGUCAAAUGGCCCCAAGUGUGUGUGUUCUCCUGGGUAUGUGGGCGAUGACUGCAGCUUAGACUAUAAUGACUGUGAGGAACAUCGCUGUCAGAAUGCGGCUCAGUGUGUGGAUGAACUUAAUGGAUACUCGUGCGUCUGUUUGGAGGGAUACAGUGGUCAGUUAUGUGAGGUGGCCCCAUCGCUCGUGUCUCUGUGUGAGCUGGCUGACUGCCAAAAUGAUGCUCCGUGUGUGGAACAAGGCGGCCGAGCACUUUGCCAAUGUUCACCUAAGUUUGGUGGACCACGCUGUGAAAAGCUUGUCAGUGUUAACUUUGUGGACAGAGAUUCCUACUUACUGCUGUCCGACCUACAAAACUGGCCACAAGCCAAUAUUACCCUUCAGGUGUCGACAGCUGAGGAUAAUGGCAUCCUGCUUUACAAUGGAGACAAUGAUCAUAUAGCUGUGGAGCUCUUUCAGGGUCAUGUUAAAGUGAGCUAUGACCCCGGCAGUCAGCCUGGACACGCUAUCUACAGUACCGAAACCAUCAACGAUGGCCAGUUCCACACCGUAGAGCUGGUGACAUUUGACCAGAUGGUGAACCUGUCCAUUGAUGGAGGUCUCCCAACCACAAUGGACAGCUUUGGGGCGGCGCGGCCCCUCAACGGGGAGGCUCCACUUUAUGUGGGGGGUAGGGGCCCUCUCCAGAACACACCUUCCUCCUCUGCAGGUAUGCCUGUGGAUGUUCAUUCUGGGGCUUUUAGACUUUGGCAAAUUCAAAAUGGCACCAGUUUCCAUGGUUGCAUCCAGAACCUGUAUAUCAACAAUGAGCUCCAGGAUUUCACCAAAACUCAGAUGAAGCCUGGUGUGGUCCCAGGCUGUGAGCCUUGUAAAAAGAUCUUCUGUGUCCAUGGCAUCUGUCAGCCCGAUGGCUUCCAUGGGCCUGUGUGUCACUGCCAGCCGGGCUGGAGUGGACCUCACUGUGACCAGCCUUCCGCCAACCCCUGUCAGGGCAGCAAGUGUGUCCAUGGAAAGUGCAUCCCACUGGACAGUCAGUCAUAUCGUUGCGAGUGUGACGAGGGGUACCGUGGUGCACUCUGUAACCAACAGGGGGAGCUGUUUAAUCCAUGCCGCCACUUGACCUGCAAACAUGGUCGCUGCCAAAUUUCUGACACAGGGGAAGCCUACUGUCACUGUGAAAGUGGCUACACAGGGGAGCUCUGUGAUGCAGAGUCCGAGUGCCGGGGGGAGCCAGUGCGGGACUUCUACCAGGUGCAGCGCGGCUACAGCAUCUGUCAGACCACCCGCAUGGUGUCCUGGGUGGAAUGCUCGGGAGUGUGCGACUCUGGGGCCUGCUGCACCAGUCAGAGAAUGAAACGCCGGAAAUACACGUUUGAAUGCAGUGAUGGUACUUCGUUCACUGAGGAGGUAGAAAAGACCAUUAAGUGUGGCUGUAUGGGCUGCAUGUAG